AUGGAGGCUCCCACGCUUGCAACAUUCUCAAGGGCACCACUCUUGGAGGUAGGCGUGAUUUUGGAAGAAUCACGGCGUUCAGGGCUUGUGGUAUCGUCGCUCUGUGUGCCAACUGAUGUCGUGCGAAACUACUGGUAUUUCAACCCGGAGCUUAAGGGCAUACGUGGAAGCAUAAGUACCGUGGGUGUGGCUCGUCAUAUUUAUGCAACUCGUGGAAUUCGAUGUUUCUUCACCGGUUUCCACCUCACCGCCUUGAAUGUCGUGGGUGGUCAGACCAUAUUCCUCCUGUCUUACGACGCGCUGAAGACUGAAAUGAGCACUCCUUUGGCAAGCAUUUUGGGACGAAUGGCUACACUGCUGUCAAUGCAGCCGCUGGAGUGCCUGCGUACGUACACGCAGGCCAACCUUCCUGGUCGCACCAUGAGCUUUUUCAAGGACACAAAGGGAUUGGCUGCAAUAAAGUCACUCUACCGGGGUCUGAUUCCCACUGUGAUUCGGGAUGUGCCCUUUUCGGCAGUUCAUUGGCCGCUGAACGACCUUCUCUACCGUCGUUUUAUCGCAUCGUGCGGCCGUUCGGAGUCAGACCUGAGUAAAGGCCAGAAGUUUGCGCUCUCGUUUGCAACGGGAACGAUGUCGUCCAUGUUGGCUACGAUGAUAUCGCAGCCCUUCGACAUAGUGAAAACUACAAUCCAGGUACGACUCUAUUUGCAUAUCUUUGCGUGGUACAUAUGCUUUGAAACUGCGUUGUGGAAGCAAUUUUUGUUUUUAGCUAUAAUGGGUGUGGUGGGCAUAAGGUAG